ACGACAGUUCCCUCCCACCACACAAGGCAAAGGUCAUGUUUAUAUCUGGGGCAUAGUGAUGCAGGCAGGGGAUCUGCUGAUCAUACCGUAAAAGCCCCUUAAAUAUGGUGACAACUUAAUAACUAAUACAAUACAGAUGAAGUGGAAAAGGCCGGAGAAGAACUAAUAAGAGGAAAAUAAAGGACAUGCAGAGAAUUGAGUAGGGUACAAGUUAAAAUGAAAGUAAGGAAGAUCUAACUAGUAGGCGCAGAUUUAAAGGUAUCUGUCUGCCAUCGUAGAGUGGCCCUGGCAGGGAAUGGAGUGCGAGCGGAUGGACAGCCUAGACGGCUGGGUGGCGGUGCGGCCCAAUGUGUUCGCGGAGCCGGAGCCCUUCAAGCUGGGCUUCAUCGUGGCCUGGAAUGAGGUGGAGCGCAAGUUCGCCGUAACCUGUCACAACCGAACACUGCAGCGGAGAAUACGGGCAGCUGGGGAUGAUGGAGAACAGAGCAGCUGGGCCGGCCUAUACUCAGUGCAGGACAUGGAGCACAUCCACAGGCAGCUGAGCUCGGUGUGCAGCCUGCUAGAGCACUGCUUCCCCAGCCUGCCCAUCCCGCAACCCGCCGGCAGCCUUUGGACACUGUUGUUCCCUGACACCUCCUGUUGGGAGUGCGAUCCGGCCGAGCUGGACACUAUGUGCCGGGCCUUAGAGUCUUACCUGAGGGCCGCUAUAGAGCACUGCGGCCGCAAGAUAGUGCUGGACGUGCUGUUCACCGAUGACUUGCAGGAUACCGAUCAGUACUUUGAAAACAUGCACGAAUUCCGCAGGAAGAGCUUUGAAGAGCAAGUGACCAGAGCCAAGGAGAACCUGCGCCGGAUUCUUCAUCAACAUAAAAAUGCCGAUAAAAUGGUGUCUUUACUUAAAGUUUAUGAGGAAGAAGAUGAAGCUUUUAUGGAUUUGGUUACCGUGGCAACACAAUUCUUCCAAUACUUACUACAGCCUUUCAGGGAUAUGAGAGAGAUUGCAAUUUUAUACAAGCUGGAAAUACUGAAAUCUCUGGAAUUAGAUGACUUGGGCCCUAAAAGAAUAGAGGCUUUGCAGGAAGAGGCCAACAAAUGGAACUCAAGAGCAGAAGAAGCAGUGUGCUCCAUACAGAAUGUGACUGUGAAUUACUUCAAGGAGACUUCAAAGGCCUUAGCAGCAAUGCAGAAACAUAUGGAACUGGAUGGAAAAAGAUUUGGAAAAACCACAUGGGCCUCAGCAUUACCCAGACUGGAGCGGCUGAAAUCUAUGUUAGCAAAAGAAACUCUUCAACACAUGAGAUCAAAGGAGAUGUGCUUGAAUCAAAAGAGAGGGGAGAUUAAGAGAAAUAUGGGAAGCCUUUCUGAUACAGACAGCGCCAUGGAGGUAUUGGAUGAGCUGGAACUGCAGUUUUAUGAAACUCAGCUAGAGCUCUAUGACGUACAGCUUGAAAUCCUCAAGUAUGAAGAAAUGUUGCUUACGACAGAAUUAAACACAAUACACCGACAAAUUAAAGAAAAGCAGGAAGAGGUUGUGUACUAUGAUGCAUAUGAAGACCCAAACGACCUGCAAGCGAAUGAGCAGUCACAGCGCCACCUCAGUUCUUCAACUCUGCAACUCAAGAAGAAAGUACAGCAGCUGGAAUCUAAACGAGGCCACAUCUGUGCAAGAAGGGCGCUGCUAAGGAAUAAAAAAGAUCAGUGUGUGGAGACACAGGAGAUUAAACUUAAACAGUAUCAUGAAUCACAGAAACUCCUUCAUCAGCACCAUUCUAUACAGAUAAAAAGAGACCAGAGAAAAGAGGAGGUGAAAAAGAAAAAAGAAUUUGUAGACCAGGAGCGAAAGAAGACACUACAGCGAUUAAAAUCAUUUAAAGAUAAAAAUGAAUCAAAGUUUGUACUGAAGACCUCUCAUAUGCAACCUCGAAGUAAUUUGAACAAGACUGAUAAACUGCAAGCAAAAAGCCAGAGAAUAAAAUUUGCAGCAGAAAGAGGCAAUGUUGGCCUAGCUGACAUCCCUGUACAGAUCUUUGUUCCUAAUAAAGGACUAGAACAAGGAAUUUCUAGUGGGCAAUCCCUUCUACCAGGACCUCCUACUGUACCACCUCCGCCACCACCAAGAGCGCCGCCACCACCACCUCUUCCGCCAAUGCCCCCUGCCCCUCCUUUAGCACUUGUUACACCAAAGACUUUAACAUCCGAUGAACCUCAAAUGUUGCGUGAAGGGCCAAAAGUAUCUUCAAACCAAUAUUCAGGUUCAAUGGAAGAAGUGUUAGCAUCAUUGAAGCGAGGGGAGAACCUUCUCCGUAGGGUGGAGCAGCCAAAACUAUCUGGCAGUGAUGUCAGAGACGGCAUCCUAACAGCCAUUCGACAAGGUGUUAAACUUAAGAAGGUAAGCAGAGAGGUUAGCAACAAAGAACCUGAAAAUGAACUUGAGAAAAGCAUCAAGGCAGCAAUGCAGAGAAUGAAGAAUGUAUCAGCUGACUCAGAAGAUGAUGAGAAAAGUGAGUGUGCCAGUGCCGAAUGGGAUAUUUAAAAUGAAUUCUAAUUGGACAACUGCAGGAUUUUAAAUCUUUGUCAAACUGAGUGGGCAGGUUUUUAUCACUUGUUAUUUUGUAUAUUAUAACUGCUAAAUUCUUUUAAAAUAACCAUUUUUGUGCAUAACUAUGUUAUUUGGAUAAGAACUGACUCAUUUUUAGUUUACAUUAUUUUUCAAUAUUUAAAGAAAGCCUUACUUUCACAUGAUUUAUUAAAUAUUUAAUGCAACAUUAUUUUAUAGGAAUUAUAGCUUCCAGUACAUUAUUAUGGUUGCAGACUAAUGGUUGUCCAUGAUUUCUGUGAAAUUAAAGCACUGAUCGUUA